CGGGAAAUAGAAUUGGUCUUCAACAACCAAUCUUUAAUGGCAAGACAUCCACACCCAGGGCACAAAAGCUCAUCAUCCGACAUGUCUAGACUUUCAACUAGCCUCAAGGCAUUAAUCAAUGCCCCUGCCGCUCGUCCAUCCACCGUCCCGGCGCCAGCAAACAUAACCUCGGUCUACCAAAAGAUCCAACAGACCGCGCAAUCCAACCAGAUCUCGCAGCCAUCAUGGGUCGCACUAUCAACCGCAGCAACUAUGACAAUGAACUCCCCGGAGUCUCUCGCAGCCCUUUACGAACUAGCCAGCACCAACCCCGACACGCAAGUCGAGACCGCCGAGCUCAUGCGUGAAGUCGGUCUGAAAUAUCCAGCCUCCCAGACUCAGUCGGCAGCCAGCUCUCCCGCACCCCCCACCCGCGCGCCAACCCCGGAGAACAUCACCGCGAUCAGUGAGCGCGGGCACGCACUCUGGGAUUCUAUCUAUCGACCAUUCGACAAGAAGCUAUUCAAUAAACUGGCCGACUCACACCCCGAUCUGCCGGUGCACAUCCUGCACAGCAACUACGGUGCCCUGUUGUCUGAUCCGGAGCGUGACACGGGCGCCUCUGCUGGGCGCAUUCUGACGUCUAUUGUUGCUGUCUCGUGCUUGCGCGCUCAGUCUGGCGUCGGUCCCCAGGUUCUCUCGCAUGUGUUUGGGUUGCGGAAGGCGCUUGAGGAUGGCUCGUGGGUGAAUGAUGUUGAGGGGGAACAGGCUGCGCGGUGGUUGGCUAGUGAUGAGGGAAAUAUGUGGAUUUUGAAUAGUGUUGAUGCCAUCGUUGAGGCUAUUAGCCAGGGCGCUGGGUCGAAUUUUGCUCCUGCACGUGCGAAAUUGUAA